GAUGGUCAGGUGGACCGGAGAGAACCCCGUCGUCUCGUCCUGAGUCUCUGUCUCCCCCUCCUGUCCUCAGCACCAGCCUGCCUUUUCCUCUAUUAUUUUCCACUCAGCUUCUCGCAGUUUAAAAUGGCGGCGUUGAGCAGCGCCGAGUCUCCACCGCCCGUCUUCAACGGAGACGCCACGGAGCGGGAGCCGGGAAGGGAGAGCGGCCUGGAGGAGCUGGGCCCAGGUUUGGACUCUUCGUGCUCCUCGGGGAUUCCCGGAGGUCCGCAGGAGGAAGAGAUCUGGAACAUCAAGCAGAUGAUAAAGCUGACACAGGAACACUUAGAGGCUCUGCUGGAGAAAUUUGGAGGCGAACACAAUCCUCCUUCCAUAUAUUUGGAGGCAUAUGAAGAGUACACCAGUAAACUGGACGCCCUGCAGCAGAGAGAGCAGCAGCUACUGGAAGCCAUGGGGAAUGCCACAGACCUCUCCUGCACCACUUCCCCUAUGUCAAGUCUGUUGGAGGUCAACAUGGGAGGUGAUGCAGUUGGAGGUGGAGCUCAGGCUCUUCCCUCAGCCCCCAACUCAUUAGCAGUCCUGCAGACCCCCACCGAUACUGGACGGUCCAAUCCACGCUCCCCCCAGAAGCCUAUUGUCCGUGUGUUCUUGCCAAACAAACAGAGAACAGUGGUCCCAGCCCGCUGUGGGAUGACUGUGAGGGACUCACUGAAGAAAGCUCUGAUGAUGCGGGGACUCAUCCCAGAGUGCUGUGCAGUCUAUAGAAUACAGGAUGGAGAAAAGAAGCCUAUUGGCUGGGACACAGACAUCUCCUGGCUGACUGGAGAGGAGCUCCACGUGGAAGUGUUGGAGAAUGUGCCACUUACCACACAUAACUUUGUGAGGAAGACCUUCUUCACAUUGGCCUUCUGUGAUUUCUGUAGAAAACUGCUGUUCCAGGGUUUUCGCUGUCAGACCUGUGGCUACAAGUUCCAUCAGCGCUGCAGCACAGAGGUUCCUCUCAUGUGUGUCAACUAUGACCAGCUAGACUUGCUGCUUGUAUCAAAGUUCUUCGAGCAUCAUCCGUUCAGCCAGGAAGAGGUCUCCUCAGAGGGAACCACACCUGUGUCUGAGCUCUGUCCAUCUCUCCCCCCAUCGGACUCUACCGGCUCUAUAUACCACACUACAGUGUCCCCAUCCAAGUCCAUUCCCAUUCCAAAUAGUUUUCGGACCAGUGAGGAAGACCACCGCAACCAGUUUGGCCAGCGAGAUCGUUCGUCCUCCGCCCCCAAUGUCCAUAUUAACACCAUUGAGCCUGUCAACAUUGAUGAUCUUAUUCGUGAUCAGGGCUUGCAGAGGUCAGAUGCAGGUUCUACCACUGGGCUGUCUGCCACACCCCCAGCAUCUCUUCCUGGCUCACUGACCAAUGUCAAAGCACCACAGAAGUCACCAUGCCAACAAAGGGAACGCAAGUCUUCGUCAUCGUCUGAAGAUCGCAAUAAAAUGAAAACACUGGGCAGAAGAGACUCCAGUGAUGACUGGGAGAUUCCAGAAGGUCAGAUCACCCUGGGUCAGAGGAUAGGCUCUGGAUCCUUUGGAACUGUCUUUAAAGGAAAAUGGCAUGGUGAUGUGGCUGUGAAAAUGCUGAAUGUCACUGCUCCCACUCCACAGCAGCUUCAGGCCUUCAAGAAUGAAGUGGGCGUCCUCAGAAAAACGCGUCAUGUGAAUAUCUUGCUGUUCAUGGGUUACACAACCAAACCCCAGCUGGCCAUUGUGACCCAGUGGUGUGAAGGCUCCAGUCUGUACCACCAUCUGCACAUCAUUGAAACCAAAUUUGAGAUGAUCAAGCUGAUCGACAUCGCCCGUCAGACUGCUCAGGGCAUGGAUUACCUACAUGCCAAGUCCAUUAUUCACAGAGACCUGAAGAGCAACAAUAUUUUCCUGCAUGAGGAUCUGACCGUGAAGAUUGGUGACUUUGGUCUAGCCACAGUCAAAUCUCGUUGGAGCGGCUCCCACCAGUUCGAGCAACUGUCUGGUUCAAUACUUUGGAUGGCUCCAGAGGUGAUCAGGUUGCAGGACAAGAAUCCCUACAGCUUCCAGUCAGAUGUGUAUGCUUUCGGCAUUGUGCUCUAUGAGCUCAUGUCAGGAGCUCUGCCCUAUUCCAACAUUAACAACAGAGACCAGAUUAUCUUCAUGGUGGGUCGAGGUUACCUUUCUCCAGACCUGAGCAAGGUCCGCAGCAACUGUCCUAAGGCCAUGAAAAGACUGAUGGCAGAUUGCUUGAAGAAAAAGAGAGAAGAGCGACCCCUCUUCCCCCAGAUUUUGGCAUCCAUUGAACUGCUGGCUCGUUCAUUACCCAAAAUCCACCGCAGCGCCUCUGAACCUUCCUUAAAUCGAGCAGGCUUUCAGACGGAAGACUUUAGCCUGUACUCCUGCGCCUCACCUAAAACUCCCAUUCAAGCUGGAGGUUAUGGGGAGUUUUCUGCAUUCAAGUAAUUACAGCCAGCACAAUAGUCCUUCUCUCAUCACCUCUCAAAUGUCUUGUGUUCUUGCAAUGGAUUCAUCUGUUCCUGGAAAAUAAUAAUAAUUUUUAAAAAACGGUCUUGAAGAAUGUGUAAUUUUCGUCCUUGGCCUGCCAUGAAGGAGAUGCAUUCACUAAAGGUUCUUUCACAACAAAACCAAAGGACAGAUAAGGGAUUGAAGAAAAACAAGAUGCAAGAUUUUUGGACAAAAUUGGUUUUAGAUGAAAAGCCGUGAACUCCAUAGAUCGGUUUGUAUCUUUGAAGCAAAGCUGGAAUUGUCGUUCUGGCAGCUUUUUGAUGGACAGCAGAGCCGUGCCAGAUGAAGAGGCCUCUUGUCUGCCAUUAUUCCCCUAAAUUAAGCCGGUGUUUUUCUUGAAGGAUGUUAACAUGAACAUUGUUUUUCACUUCUCACCCUUUCAUACUACCACUACCUUUUGCUUAGAGCACCGUCCAUCUGAAAAGCCAUUUUAGAGGAAAGGUUCCUUGGAAUUGUGCCGCAGGCUGUCUUGUGUUUCUUUGACUCUUUGUGAUCUUAAUUCUGCAACAGAAAAAACUGUUUUGCCCUCAUGUUUGGAUUAUUUCAGUGAUAAGGAACAGAAACUCAAAUCUACAGUUUUUGUUAUUUUGAAGGAAUUUCCUUCCUUCCUGUAAACUUGCUGGUCAGAUCUGUUUUUCUUACAGCAGAUUCUAUUGGUUAAAGUUCUUAUAUAGAUAAUUUCCUUCUACCUUUUAUCUGACUUUGGGAUUAUCUAUCCGCAUUUCCCAAAGCAAUCUGGAGCCCUCCAGCUAACUGAACCAUUCAUCGGUUCUGGAUGAGACAUCUUUGAAGUAUCUAAACUGCAGAAACUCCUCCACACUGUCCCUAUAUUCAAACUGUCCACUCGUUCAUUCUAGAUGACUCCUGCUUACUCUGAAUCAGAAGGUUUGUAAGAUUGAUAGAGGGAAAAAAUGCAGAAAAAUUAAAAUGUUUUGUUAAGUCUUACCACUACACCACGUAAUAGUAUCCCAAAAUAAAAGCGGGAGGGUUGAUGUAGAGAGUGAAUGAAUGAACACUCUGAAUGCAAGGCCAGUGUACAACGCUGAUGGUCUCUUUGGGCUUCCAGAUUGUUUCCCCAGGUAGUCACCAUCUCUCUCUUCCUCUACUGAGCGAAAACGUUGCACUCUCUUUAAAUUUCGGACCCAGCUUUUAGUUGCUUAUGAAUGAUGGCCAAGAGUGUUACCUACAUAAUAAUCCAGAUCUCUAACUGGCUUUUUUAUUUUCUCUAAACAAUGUUCCAUCAUUCAUUUCAUUUUGUAUUGAAGGACUGAAGGUGUUAAUAUUGGUUCCUUGAAUUUUAUUUUUAUUGUUUGCCUUCUACUAUACAGGCAGGCCUGCAGAUUUUGACAUAUUUAUAAUAGUUCAUUGUUUGUUUUUCGAUAGCUUUAUGCUCAGAAUAGUUCAGUCUUUCUUUUAAUGCUUGUUUUAGUCAUUGUGACCUGUGUACUUGCACUUUGUAGAGAGCGACUAAGCAAUUGGCCUUUUUUUUUUCUCUCACCUGAAGAAUGAGUUACAAUCUGAAAAGCAGAUGAAUCUUGAUUUAAGUGCCACUGAGUCAUCCACAGAAGCUGGACUGUGAAUAUUGAGUUGCACACACUCAGAAAUGGUGUUUCAAAAAGUGAAGUCCAACAUAGCACAAAAAGCUUUCAACCUUGAUCUUAAACCAUCUUACCCUGACCCGUUAUUUGCACUUCUUUUCUUUUUUUGUUACUUGCCUCUGAGCUUUGGUUCUUGUUCCCUCAGCAAAUGUUUAUAGUUUUUCUGUCUGAAUUGGAAUAAACUCCAUUAAGCAACCACAGGACUAUAAAACAUCUAGGAUUAAUAUUAUAUGCUAUUGUCUACGCAGUGCUGCUAUCUUUUGUUGCAAACUACCCAGCAGAGUGCAGAACUGUGACUGGUGUAGAUACUAAAUGGAACAGCUAGCAGUCUGAGCCACAGAAUUGAGGGGCAAAUGGGGCAAUAGAGCUAAAAAAGCAACAUGUUCUAUAAAAAGGAUCAUGUGAUACUAUCUGACUAGAAACUAGAACUUUUUUUUUUCCAUAUUAUCCCCAUUUCAAAAAUCACAUAGCAUCAGUGUUUAAAUCACCCUAACAUGAACGGCAUCCCCAGUUUGGACAGAGAACACUGAUUGACGGGUCUAACCAAUGCAAAGAGUAUCCAAAGCUGCUUAUAUUUUUAAAAAAAAAGCUUUUCAAUUUGUCAGUCAUCGUCCAGCUGUGGGAUAUGACUGAGAGUGUUUCAGGUGUAGACGGCCUCCAUGAAAUAACAUUAUGAAAGGUUGAUGGUGGAAACUAAAUAUAUUUUAAGCUAGGAAAUCUUGAAAGAAUAGAAGCAGUGGAAGUAAAUUAUGCAUAUUCAAAGCAGAUAUAGAACUGAAAAUCGACUUCUGACACAGCAAGAGCCUUUGGAACUGAUAUGCAGGUCUACACCUUGGUAAUGUCAUGUGGGCCUGCAGGGGCACUGUUGUCUGACAGAAAACACUAUACGCUCUCUUACUGAAUAUAUUGAUUGGCUAUGUGGCUGAAGGAAAAUGACUUACUGAGCUCUCUCACUAAGAUCAAAGAUCCUCUGUAUCACAAACAUGAGUGAUCUUCAUGAAAGUGAGUGAAGAGGAAAAACCUGUUCUCUUCAAGCUUCUUUUCGUUGUUGAAGCUGCAGUAUGUAACUUGUAAAAUUUGGUGAAACAGUCACCAUGUUGUGACAGUAUAAUAUGUGACAGAUAAUCUGUGAAAAGAUCAAACUCCUACCAGUACUCUUACUACCAUCUGCAGAAAUGCACUGCUCCAAGUCAAAAACCAUCAAUCAAAGCCAGGAGGAAAGUCUUAGCACUGUCAGUCAACCUCAGGUAUACACUGCUCAAUGU